AAACUCAACAGCCACGUUGCUACCCGCCCACAUACCCAGCGCAGUGGGAGCAACAACAAUUACCCGUGUAAUUCCAAAAUCACCAUCAGUGCAUAGUCUCAGUGGUGGUUCGUUACUUGCAACAUUCUCAUCGCCCGGCUCGGCAACCACCUUCGAACUUAUAUCGUCGGAUUCGUCCUGCAACGGUCUAUUGAACGCCACCCAACUGAGUGGCAAGGCAGGCUUUGAGCAGACAUUUCAAGACGUCAUAUUAUUACAGGAAGCCUACGACGAUAUGUCAGAGGGCGAACAACGUUUAAAUGCAUCAUUUCUGGGAGGCAUCAGUAGCAGUGAUGACGCCACAAAUUCCGAUUUUUAUGAUCCACGGCAAUCGCCGCCCAAGGCAAUUGUCGAUUCCAGUCCCCUGCAACCACAAAUGGAUAAAAAUAAAGAAUCACUAAAAGUGAAGCUGAUGGUGAGAAGACCACACUCACAGCUGGUGGAGCAAGGCAUUAUACCACCUUUGAAAACAUCCCCUGCUAUCCAUGAACAAUGUAAACAAUUGGAGCGUGCCAAAACCAGUGACUUACUAAAGGCCAAAAUCCAACAGAGACCCAAUCGCGAAGAUCUCGAGCGCCGCCACAUUCUCGAAGAGGAUGAAUGCCAUAUUGAUCCCAGCCUGGCGGAAAAGCAGCGCAUGCUGAAAAAAGCCCGUCUGGCCGAUCAGUUAAAUUCACAAAUUCAACAUCGCCCCGGACCCUUGGAAUUGAUAAAAAAGAACAUCUUACAUACCGAAAAGCCGAUUGAGAAAAUCGUCAAAGAGGGUUUGGUGACAUUUAAGGCCACCAGUGAAGGUUUACUAACACGACCACAACAUCCCAACAGCUAUGUUACCUAUGAUGAUGAUUCACAAUCAUCGGAGAGUGAUACCCGACAAACUCCACCACGUUUGGAGGGUAUCGAGGGUGCAGUUAACGCAGUUGCUGCCACAACUAGCCAAGCUACGGGUGGCAGUGAUGUUUUACAGGCAGCUGCAGCCUCGGCAGGAAUUGUUACGGUUGCCCUAACCAUACCCACAAGUGGUGGCCAAGUCACGGUCACAUCGGCAGCACCUUCCACAUUAGUGCAGAAUAAAAUUGGUAAUAAACUCAAUUACAUACCACCGCCUCCUCCACCACCCUUGCCAAAUAAUAACAAUGCCGGUAUUACGGUCAAACAGGAAACAUCAAAUUUAUUCGAGGAGCUAUGUCAAUCGGUGACAGGGGCACCUGCCAACAACAAUCAUUAUAUACCCAUGGUUUCAUCGCCGGGAUCAUUGGCCUCAUCUACAUCAACACUAAGUCCCCUGUCCUCCAUUGCUUCACCACCUUUGAGUUUAACACCAAGGCCAUUGGCACAAUCGCCAGCCUUGCAGAUUGCCAAAUCUGAUGCUCCCGGAAAAGAUAAAAAUCGUAAAAAAUCCAAAUCAAAACCUGUUUCCAAAGCCAGAACCAUAAAAUUCCACGAAUAUAAAGGGCCACCCAGUGCGGCUCAUAAACUAACCUCUGAAACCACCAGCAGUAGCAGUACAGAAGAGACCUCAUAUCAGUUGAUGUUGGAACAACAAAAUUGCUUGUUGAAAUUCCUGGAAACCCUGAAUAAAAAUCAGGCCAUAAUACCAACAACCAGUACUACGGCCAACAGUAAUACCGCCACAACGGUAACAUAUAAUGUCAACAAAUCAAUGGCAACCACAAAUACAACUGGACCAAUGACGACGCUAACCUCAGCGUCAGGGGGAACCAGCACUGCGACAGCGGUAACCAACAGUGGCCAUAAUACACCCACUCCCAUGCAAGUUGAAGUGCCAAUACAGUCCUCAAAUACAAUUUCCAUUGUGACAGCACCCAGACCACCACCUUUACCCUCACCAGCACCUUCAGUGGGUUCUUCCAUUCCACCAGCCAGUCCAGCAACAAGUAACGCUGAGUCGUCGUCCACCUCUUCGAUAACGGAUUUCACAAAAUUGGAGAAAAUGAAAGUUUGCGAUUUGAAAAUGCAUUUGAAGAAGCGUAACUUACCGGUUUCUGGACCUAAGCCGCAAUUGAUAGAGCGUUUGAAGCCAUAUUUACCCCUGGAGCCAUUAGAUAGCCAACAAACAACCACACCUAUGGUAACAGGAUCUACUGCUGAUGGUAAUACGAAUGUUCAAUCUUCAUCAAAUGCCCCCGCUGGAGAUGCAAUGGAUCAAUCUGAAAAUAAUUCACCAAAACCCACAAACUCCACUUUGGUGGAAAAGCCCCAAUUGGAACAAGAGCAAAUGGAUGUGGUACAACAGGUGGAUUCUCCAAAGCCUGUGGCCCUACAAACCAUUGUACAGCCUCAGCCACAAACGGCUACAAUUAUUUUAAGCAAUGAAGAGCUCUUAAGGGAACAGCAGCGUAAAAUUGAUGAGCUACAGAGACAAUUGCAAAGAUCUCAGCAGGAAUUGUUGGAAAUACGACAAAAACAACAGCAACAACAGCAGCAGCAGCAACAACAACAUAUUGUUCAGCCAAAACUAUUACAACCCCCAACGUUCCAGCAACAAACUGUCUCAGCUCAGGUGGUAAACACUCUGCCCACACAGCAAAUAACUUUGAUUACCACGACCACGUCCAAACCACCAACACAAACCAUGACAACGCCACAAACCUUGGCCGUGAUACAACCACAUUUAAAAGAAAGUGUUGUACCGGCCAAGGUCACUGUAAAAACCACCCCGGCUUCCAUCAAGCCUGUGGCCAUGCCAGCACCAGGUGCGACCAAUAAGAAGUCAACAACAAACACAUCGAAUAAUAACAACAACAGUUCCACAGUGACUACUCCCGUAAUGACGCAAAAAAUGGUGGUGAAGCAACAACUGGAGGCAAAGAUUCAAAAACAAAAACAGGCUGCAGCGGCAGCAGCUGCCGCCGCCCAGGCUCAAGCCCAGGCCCAAGCACAAGCUCAGGUUUUGGCACAAGUUCAAGCACAGGCGCUGGCCCAGGCUCAAGCCCAGGCACAAUUACGUCUCCUAACACAAAAGACACAAACUGUACUCAUUCCAACCGGAUCGACGACCAUAACGACGGCUGUGCCCACAAAAAUGGUUGACGAUAACAACAAAUCGUCAACAAACAUGAAAAUUAAAAAUCAACAAAACACUGCGCAUCUCAUCAAGGCGCCCAUAACAUCUGGUUCCGCUGGUGGAACUACUGCAACAAUUGUCGCCACCAAUCAGUUGCCAUUGACAAAGACCCAUAACAAUUUGGGAUUGGUAUGGAACGAGGGAAAUCAGACGAUAUUUUUGGUGGGUCUUAAUGAUCAGCACAUGACCGCCCAUACCAUUGGUAAUAUAAGUUUGGCAAAUGCCUCACCGGCCACAAAGAAGUUAAUAAAUGGUCAUCAGCGUACUAAUUCAUUGCCAAGUAUUGUGUUCCCCAUAAAUACGGGUAAUAUUGGUACAAUUAAUGCUUCUGGUUUAGAAACCAAACCAAUUAUAACUCAGCAGCAAUUGCAGAAAAUGCAAAUACGUCAACAACAACAGCAGCAGCUACAACAACAACAGUCUGGUGCUUCGCAUAUGCAACAGCCACAGCAGCAACAACAACAAAUCAUUCAUUUAGAUAUAAAGCCACAAAAUCUACAACCACCACCCCCACCUCCUCCACCACCGCCACAAUAUGAAGAAGCAACCAAACAGCUGAAGGCUAAACAACAACAUCAGCAGCAACAACAACAGCAACAGAAUUCAAUAAAUCCCUCUUUAACGAAAAUCAAAGAAGAGCCCAACCAAACGACCAUUAAUCAAAUAACCCUAAGCCCUUUGACCACAAAUCAAGGCGAUCAGAAGCCCUUAAAGGCUCCUAUCAAAUCGGAAAAACUUGCCGAUGUUUUGGACAUUUUAUUCAAACAAAGCGCUGGUGGUGGUGGAAAUUCCGAUAAUUCUUUGGUGGAACCUAUAACUCCAACAUCAACAACAUCAUCCAAUAUGCCCAUGACACCAGGUGGAACAAAUGUCUUAAUGCAUGAAUUGAAUGAAAAUCUCAUGUUCCCUGCCCGAGGAGGAGCAACAGGAGUGGUCGAUGACAAUAAAGAUAAUAUCAAACAGGAAACUAUUAACAUUGAUGGCGUAAAACAGGCUAAACAUAUCAUGCAGGAGGAACCAAUGGUGAUUGGGGCUGGUGGUAAUAACGACAAAGGUCAAGACCUGACACAAGAUACGCCAAUGAAACCAAUGGCAAUGGAUUGUGCUGAUACACAACAAAACAACAGCAGUAGCAACAACAACGACAACAUUAAUAAAGGCAAUGGCCACAAUAACAAUACAAAUGCAAAUGAGACAAAUUCUAUUUUUGAUUUUUUCACCAACAAGUCCUGUUCGAGUGGCCCAGAAGAUAAUACAAAUUCAGCAAACAUCAUCAGCAGCAGCAACAACAACAAUAAUCACAAUAAUAAUAUGAAUUUCAUUGAAAAUAUUGAUAUGACCUCACCCAUACAGCCAGAUUGUCAUAUUGAUGCUGAAAGUGUAGCCAAGACCUUGGAUAUUUUCUUGGAGAAUCAUCAUCAUUUACAGCAGCAGCAACACCACCACCAUCACCACAAUCCUCAAACUACAGCUACGCCAUCGACAAGUGUAGUUAACAAUCAAGGUCCACAUCAUCAGUCAUCGCCCACACAUCAUGAUAUGCUAAGUAAAACGUGUUUGGAUGAUCAACGAUCCAGUGCAGCUUCCCUGCACACUCCGGAGGAGGCCAAACUGAAUCAUUUCGAUGAAUUUGAAUUAUUGGAAUUGAUGUCGCAGCAAUUGGAAAUGGAUAUUGGGGAGGAUACAAACACCAACUAUCAGGAUGCGUCCCUUAAAAAUGCCAACAACGCAACAACUAUGCAACACUCUCAACAACAGCAACACCAACAGCAUGCACAAUCAUCAGUCGUCCAGCCGGGCGACCAUCAUCAUCAACAGCAUUCCAAUGAGAAAUUAAACAUUUUAAAUAGUUUACGGCGUGACAUGAAUCCCAGUCUGCAGCCAUCCAUGGAGGAGAUAAUGCAAAGUCAUAAUUCGUUAAAUUUGGAGGGGAAUCCGAAUGCACACCAAUCCAUGUCGUCAUCAACAACCGACCGGGAUGUACAAAAUGUUCUCGACGACUUUGAUGCCGAUACAUUCGUAAGACAUUUGGCCGAACAGCAUCAUCAUUCGGUGGAACAGCAGCAGCCGCAUCAUGAGCCACACCAUCAUCAACAGCAACACCUACAUAAUAUGAACAAUAAUGAUGGCAUGCAGCUCCACAAUCACAGCUCAACGGAUGCCACACCCAUGGAUUGUGAUGAUUUCGAUAAUCCAUUAAGUGGUUUUAAUUUCUCUGCCUUAUCGCCGGAUUCAAAUAUUAACACCCCACCACAUCCAUUUGGUAUGAAUGGCAGUGUUACGCCACCGCAUGCAUCAUCGACACACUCAUCAAGGUCCCUACAACAACAGCACACAUCUUCACAACAAACAGCAAUGGGAAAUGCUUGUGGUCUACAGGCAUCUUUAACAUCGGCAGCAAAUGCACAACAACAACAACAACAGCAGCAGUGUCAUGAACAAAUGUCUAUUUGCAACUCAAAUUCCAAUAUGACCAACAACAGUUCCCAUAGUAAUGGCAGUCUCAACAACAACAACAGCAUUUUGGGUAAUAGUAGUUGCGGCGACAUGCUAUCAUCGCAUAGUGAUACAACAACAAAUGCCAAUGAUACAUUCGGCGGUAGCUCAUCGACAGAUAUCUUUGAUUUAUUUAAUAUCGACGAUUAUAAAAUGUCCUGGGGUGAAGGUGAUUUUGCGGUUUAA